AUGGUUGAUUGUAAACCAAGGAGCACACCACUUGAAGCUAAGAUGAUGAUGACGUCCAAUACCACUCCCCUUGAUGAUCCAAGUUACUUUCGUGGGCUUGUUGGAUCUUUACAAUAUCUCACUCUUACUCACCCUGAUAUUUCAUAUAGUGUUAAUUUUGUGUCCCAAUUUAUGAACUCUCCUACCAUUGUGCAUUUACAAAUGGCUCAUCAUAUAUUACGAUAUGUCAAGGGAACUAUUGAUGUAGGUCUCCACUUUACUUCACAUACCACACUUGAUUUUUUUGCCUUUUCUGAUGCAGAUUGGGCAGGUUGUCCCACCACUUGA